AUGAAACUUCGCAAACGAAUGCUUCCUGACGACGCGCUGCUCAAACCUCAGCGUCUGCCUUCUGGGUACUGCUGUAUACUGUACGAAGAAGCCUACUUGACCCGGAAGAAACUGGCUGAAGUCGAAGCCUUGGAAAGAUUGCGAAAUCAGCAUCAAUUCGAGAAGAAGGUGAAGCGUGAACAGAAGGACUUGCAACUCAGGCGCAUGGUGCUCUCACAGCAAUCGCGUAUUGGACGAAAAUUUGCUCGUCAAACCGCCACAUUCUCAUGCCAUGUGGCGGCCGUCGAUAAAUACGGUGGAAUCAAUAUUUACUUGAUGGCCAAGACCCCUGGAAUCAACGCCGUGUCUGGUUCAAGAAUUCCGAGGGCGAAGCGGGGUGAACAAAAGAAUCUGCGAGAUGGGCUCCUCAUCUUAUGA